AUGCCGACCACCUCAUCGAGGGCCACUCCCGACAUCUGGACUCCCACCGAAUCUGCCUUCCCCUUCCUCCCAGAAGCAGGAUCAGUGGCCCCACUCGUGGUCGACUGGGGAAUCCUAUCCACCCUCGUCAACCGUCCCUACGAUUGUUUCUCCCUCGUUGCCAAACUCCCGCACAACCAAGUCACGCUCGAGCGUAAGACCGGUGACUUCCGCGCCAUCUCCCACUUUCUGGAAACGUAUCGUGAACUCGCCGUCAGGCAGUCGCUGCUGGAGGACCAAAUCCGCGUCCUCACCGAGUAUCGCGAUGACGCCCUCGAGAAAUGCCGUGACGCCCUCGAGUACCUCGAUGUCUGCUCCCUCGUCGUCUCGAAACUCCGAGAGGCGCGCCAAGCGGCAGUCGGGACCAAGUACCCGGAAGGAACCACCUUCCCCACAUCGCUCGUGAAGAGACCCCUGGACACACUUUCCUUCGACGUCCUCCGCACUAUCACCAUGACCACGGCCUGUUUCCUCUGUACGACGGACGACGUCCUGCACACAUCUCACGACCUCGUCGACUGCGACAAGUACGUCUGCCCUAGCUGCGCCACUCCUCACCCUGGUCACAUCCACUCUGCGUGCCCCGCACGAUCUCGCCGACGUGCUGACCCGGAGUACAAGGACCUCCUUGGGGUGGUUUGUGCCCUCUCUCCUUCUUCAGAUCACCUGGCCCUCCUCUCCUCUGUCGCUGAGAUUUGCGAUGCCGUCGCGGCCGCCACUACCUUCAGACCCGAAGGGAGGACCGGAAACCCUAUCUUCGUCGACGAGACCCCCAUCCCCAGCUGGCCCGAGUAUCAUGUUGUCCGGGGUGGACGAAUCGACGGGGUCUACAAGGACCCCAAGGAGGCACGUCGUAUGGUGGUGUCACGCCCUGCUGGGCGAAUCUAUUCCGUUCCCAACUACCAAACCGCCCUCGACCAGCUGGAUGGCGUAACCCGUUUCCGCAACUGUGUCCUCGAGGGGGCUCGCUCGCCCCACCUGGCUUUACCAGAGCUCAUGACGGAAGCCCGCACGUUUGUGGAGAACUACUACCGAGGGGUAAAGCGCGCCUUCUACGAAGAUGUGUCACCGACGUCGACUCUUGCUAGCCCGGGUCCGUUGAACCGAGCUCUCAUUGAGGCGAUGGAGAGAAGCGUCUCGGGGACCCCCGCUCCCCCGUACUCGACCCUACCCUCGACUCCUCGCACCUCCAUCCUCGCCGCUUUCCCUCGUGCCCAGCAGGCCCAGGACGCCUUUCGCUUUGGAACCAUCGACCUCGACGACGAUGUCGGCGAAACCGACGGCUACAAUGAGCCCGACCCGGAGGCCUGA